AUGACCUCCCAAAAGUCGGCCGGUAUGUCCUCCAAGGGCGUCACCGUCGUUCUCGGUGCUCAGUGGGGCGACGAAGGAAAGGGAAAGCUCUCCGACAUCCUCUCCCAGGAAGCCGAUGUCUGCGCCCGCUGCCAGGGUGGCAACAAUGCUGGACACACCAUCGUUGUCGGCAAGACCAAGUAUGACUUCCACAUGCUCCCUUCCGGUAAGGAUCACGAUAACAACGAGGAUCGAGAGACUCUUCAAGAUAUGGACAACAUUGCAACAAACACAAAGGAUUCAUCUUCGAACUGCACCUCUGUUGUUGGUGCCGGUGUCGUUGUUCAUGUUCCUUCGUUCUUCGAGGAGCUCACUAGCCUCGAGAAGAAGGGUUUGGACUGCACCGGACGUCUCUUUGUCUCUGACAGAGCUCACCUUGUCUUUGAUAUCCACCAGAUCAUCGAUGGCCUCAAGGAGCUGGAGUUGGGUCGUGGAAGCAUUGGAACCACCCGCAAGGGAAUUGGCCCAACCUACUCUUCCAAGGCCUCCCGUUCCGGUCUCCGUGUCCACCACCUGUACAACUUUGAGGAGUUUUCAGAAAAGUUCCGCACUCUCGUCGAGAACAAGCACAAGCGCUACGGUGCCUUUGAAUACGACGUCGAGGCCGAGCUCGCCAGAUAUAAGGUGUUGGCUGAGAAGCUCAAGCCAUAUGUCAUUGACAGUGUCUACUUCAUGCACAAGGCGAUCAAGGACAAGAAGAAGGUCCUCGUCGAGGGAGCCAACGCAUUGAUGCUUGAUCUCGACUGGGGCACCUAUCCCUAUGUGACCUCGUCCAACACUGCCAUCGGAGGUGUCUGCACAGGUCUCGGUAUCCCACCCCAGACCAUCCAGAAGGUUGUUGGUGUCGUCAAGGCCUACACCACCCGUGUUGGUGGUGGCCCCUUCCCCACUGAGCAGCUGAACGAGAUUGGCGAGUACCUCCAGCGCGUCGGUUUCGAGGUCGGAGUGACGACUGGUCGCAAGCGUCGCUGCGGAUGGUUGGAUAUGGUCGUCGUCAACUACUCGACCAUUAUCAACGGAUACACGUCGCUCAACAUUACCAAGUUGGACAUUUUGGACCAGCUGGACGAGAUCAAGAUCGGAGUGGCCUACAAGGUCGACGGCAAGGUCCUCGAGGGCUUCCCUGCCAACCUGUCGCUGCUGGAGAACGUCGAGGUCGUCUACGAGACCAUGCCCGGCUGGAAGACCGACAUCUCCAAGUGCCGUACCUUCGAUGAUCUCCCCGUCAACGCCCAGAAGUAUAUCCACCGCAUUGAGGAGAUCUGCGGGGUCCCAAUUGAGUGGAUCGGUGUCGGUGUCGACCGUGACGAUAUGGUUGUCAUUCCCCAGGCAUAA